AUGGAGGAUAUCAACGUAGCCGAGCUCGUCGAGCGCCUCGGCAGCGACGAGGACAGCGCCCGCAAAAUGGCCGUCUUCAAGCUGCAGUCGCUGAUCGGCGACCCCUCGUUCGCCGACGUAUUCGAAACCGAAGGCGGCUUGCCCAAGCUGCGCUACCUGGCCAUCAAUGCCACCGGAAACACCCUGGCUUACAGUUUGACGAGCUUCUCGAGACUGCUGGACCUGGACAAAGGCUGGAACCUUGUGGACCAGGACCUCAUCGAGCGGGUCGUCGAACUCGUCGUGAGCCAGCCCCUCGUGAACAUCCUUCGUGGCGCCAUGUCCAUCCUCGUUGCCAUCGUGUCACACCCCCAGAACCGCACCUCGACUCCCGGCAUGUUUGGAUUCCGUGCCCUGAAACCCGCCGUGGCCGUGUACCCGCAGUUCCUAGAGAUGCUCGUCAGCCGAUUAUCAUCUGCAGACCAUGCCCUAUGCGCAAAUGCUCUGCAAUUGAUCAACUCCCUCAUGCGCGACGCCAUUACCAACGAUUCCGAGUCAGAGUGGCACAAGUUUAUCAAGAAACUGCAAGACUUGGGCGUCAUAAAAGCCGUCUACGUCCUGAUGCAGAGCUCGGCACUUCAGGACCUGGCACACCCGCUCUUUGAGUUUCAGUCGUUGAGCAAGGUGCUGCUGAGCAAAUGGCGGGAUCUCAAGGUCGACCCGGAGAAGACCGAGCACAGGCGCGCCCUCAAGAGCGUGCACCUGGCAAGCAACCCGGAGCGGCCGCCAUCGAGCAAGAGCGGGGAUAGCAGCCGGAAGCACCAUCCGGAGAAAUGGCGCAGAUUGGGCUUCCAGACAGAGUCGCCGGCGUGGGAAUUCGACCAGACGGGCUAUCUCGGUCUCAUGGACCUGACGGAUUUCGUGCGCACCCAUGAGGAUGGCUUCCAGAAGCUGCUAUUGGAGCAGUCGACCAAGCCGGCGGAGCAGCGUUGCCCUAUUGCUCGCGCCAGUCUGGCAGUCACGCUGAUCCUGUACGACCACUUUGAGGUUGACAAGACGGACGAUGGCGACGCCAUGCGUUACGCAGUGCUGGAGGCGCGCACGAACUUUGACCGGGCUUUCCGGCCACUCAUUUUGCAAUGGAGCCGCCUGCACACCAGCGGACUGCAAGCGUUCUUCCGCUUGUGGAAGCAGACGGGCGCCGAGACGGAGGACUUUGAGAAGGUCGAGGAGCUCGUGCGGAUACUGAUCGAGCAGGUGCUAGGCCAGGCGCCGCGAAUCAAAGAGCUCGGCGAGGUGGAAGAAGAGCUCGCGGAGUUUGAAUACCAGCGGCUCAGGAACAUGCAGAUGGAAUUGCUCGAGCUGACAUACGAGGACGCAUGGGGCCAUCACCUACGACAAGUGCGCGAAGAGCUCAACCACGAGGCGCUGCAGUUCGUCAAGGAGCAGCGCAUCCGCUGCCUGCUGCAGGGCGCUUGGUUCCCGCACACGAUGGGCUACCGCGAGGAAAGCGGACCGAUCACCAAGUCGGCGCUGGCGAAGACGGUGCCCUCGAGCUGGCGCUACGUGCGUCUCAGCCAUAAUAGACGCUACCUGCACUAUGCCGACUUCCACGACAGGCUGGCCACGGAGCCACGAUUGGACGCGCUGCAAGAUAAGAUCGACCUCACCACCGUCUCCUCGGUCGUCUCCAACGUCUCAGCCGGCACGCCCUCCACAGCCUCCAGCGCCUCAACCCUGCGCACCCUCCCCACCAGCACCUCGACCCGCAUCACCAUCUACGGGUACGCGCCGGCGUCAGCCUCGCGCAAAAACUCGCACGAAACAAGCACGACGCUGCUCAGCAGCGGCGCAGCCGGCGGCGGUGUCAGCGACGGCAGCUCCCCCGCCGGCCCAAAGGAAUCGCCGCUCUUGCAGCUGCAUCCGCAGACGCAUACGCUGGCGGCCGAGUGGUUGGAUGGCUUGCUCAUGCUGCUGAAUCAGGCCCCGAUUACGGCUGAUACUGGGAAGUUGGUCCAGUUGGUGGCUGGGUAUGGCCUUAAGAUUAGACUGCUGAAUGUUAGGUUUGAGGAUAUUAGGGGGGAGGAGGUCGUGUUGCCUGGACGGGAGGGGCUGGAUGAGGAGUAUUGGUAUGAUAUUGGUGGUAUGGAGGGGGUUUAG